AUGGUUAGCUCGAAGAACACACGCGUCCGUCGAUCUCACAGAUUGGGGGGAUGUUCUACAUGCCGAAAAAGACAUGUCAAAUGCGACCAGAAGCGACCUGCUUGUCGCACCUGUCGAGCGCUGGGGGUCCCAUGUGAAGGCUUCUCCGAUCAGGUGCUAUGGAUGCGGGGCAACGAUGAUGAACCUGACAAGGGAAAUACCCGUCGUGGAACGCGUCGCCACUUGUAUUCCGAGCAAUCACGUCUGUCUAUGAGCGCAAGUCUUGGCACAGACCUGGUAUCAGGAUCAGUUGAUGCCUCACUAGCAGAAGUUGAUAUCCGAUCGCGAGACCCUGACCGCCCUGUGGAGAGUGAUAUCGUCAUUGGACCAUUCGCCGUUCUCGAUUUCUCUGGUUCUGCACCAUCAAAGGCGACAGCAUCGCCCACCCCAGAUGAAAUAGCUCAAACUCAAAAGCCCGCCUCACUUGUACAACCAGACGAUUUUGUUCAGCCGACGGAGAUACCGGCUACGCACUCAGAUGAUGUUCUUCAUCAUGAGGAUAUGCCUGCCGAGAUACCAGAUCCCAGCCCGGUGUCUAUCAUCGAUUCUCUCUCCAAUAUGGAUGACUUCCUCCAUUGGUCGGAUAUCUUGAGCUUUAGCCCUGAUCAAUCGGGCUUUGCAACACACCCAACCCUGAGCGCGCCGUUUGACUUUUCAUUCGACGUGAAUAAUGAUGCUAUCUCAAUCCCCACAGCACUGAAUUCAUUAGAAGAUCCUUUACGGUUGUUGGCACCGCAGCAGACUUCCACAGAAUUGAGAACAUUGAACCCGGAUCUCCUCAAAGAUGGACAGCUUUUGCUAAAGCAUUUCCAAGAUGUUGUCAUUCCACGAAUCAUGGCCAUACCUUUUGGACAAAAGUCGCCAUGGAAGAUUCUCAAUCUACCUGCUGCAGUAGUUGCGUAUGGAGACACAACAUACCUGGGUACGGAGGGCGUCAGCCACGCCCGCCUUGCAAACCUUUACGCUCUAUUUGCUUGUGCUGCUAUUGAUCUCGCACUCCAACCGUCUGCACAAAUGAUUCACUCCUCCGAAUAUUGGCACCAAUUAGCAAACCAGACCUAUCAGCAGGCCAAGGAUCAUAUGCAAAUAUCUUUGCAACACGAAACGGCUGGACCGAAAAAGGCCAAAUAUAAGGAUCAAUUGAUGGCUGCUAAUAUCCUCAUACAAUACGCGAUUCUCUCGGGACAACAGCAGCUCGCUCGAUGUUUCCUGAUAGAUGCAGAGCGACUUCUUCGUCUCCGUGGUUUAUCAAAACGACGGAUUUCAAAGAAAGCCCGCCUUUUACACCAUGUAUAUACGUGGCUGCGAAUCGUCGGCGAAAGCACAUUUGUACUUCACAAUUACAACCUCUCAUAUUCAUGUCUUGAAAACCUUGGCACCUCAUCACGCUCUCACCCUUCUUCUUCCUCCGCCGUCAGCAAUACCACUGCCGUUGUAUCAAGCGAACCCAACCCUCAUCUUGACGAUUUCCUUCGUCUCGAAAACCAAAAUUCAGAUAGCGACUUGAACGUUGACGAAACCAAAGACCCGGCAUCUGGAUACCACGAUAUUCACCUCCACGAUUCUCGCAGCUUCCCCGAAACCCUAUACAAACAAAUAUACGGCAUUCCAGAGACCUGGUUGAGCCUGGUAUCACAAACAACCAGGUUAGCGAACGUUCUGGCAACAUGGCAAACUGCUCGUAAUUGUGGCAAGAACUUGCGCCUCGAGGCAUGGGAAGCCCUUCAGCGCCGCACAUUCCGGCUUGAGAACCUGAUAUGUUCAUUCAGCCUUGGUCGCACUGGGGGCAGAUCUGCAGACUUGCAAGCGACCUGUAAGCCACACGCAUAUAUGCUGGAGGCGCUUAAUGGGGCUUUGGUAAUAUUCUUCUACCGCCGAGUUCACGAUACUCACCCCGCUACUCUACAGGGCUACGUGGACAGUGUCAUUGCGGCGCUGGAACAAUGUAGCUUGACCUUGUCAGAAGCUGGUAUAACUGGCCCAGGGACUGCUUGGCCUGCUUUCAUUGCAGGAUGUGAAGCUCUCACCCCGGCGAGGCGAGAUGCCGUUACUCAAUGGCUUGAUAAUGCGAGCACCAUAUCUGGCUUUACUUCGUAUGCCACGGCUCGAGAUAUAAUGACCAAGCUCUGGCGCAAGCAAGACGAGCAUCUGACUGCCAAUCGAAGCGGGCCGAUGCCAAUGUGGAUUGAUAUCUGCAAGGAGGAGCACAUCUGGCCUCUAUUUUGUUGA